AGGACAGUUCGGAGACGUCAUGAUCCAGCACUCAAACGCUUGUGUAGAAAAACUCGUGAAAUAGUUAUACGUGGCUAAACUCGACACAUGUAUGUAGUUUCUGUGGAGCUGCCGCGGGUUGACUCUCUUUCUCUGUCUCUCUCUCUGUUGCUCACUCUCAAACACACGUACACAAACCCUGGAGAAUGAGGCUGGCGUUGUGAGCUAGCACAUAAGCUAGCAGCUAGCUCCGGAUCUGAGCUGCUCCGCGGCCUGGGUGAAGCAGCUUAUACAGUAUCACCGUCUGUACGAAGCUAAAGUUAAAGGCACAGACUGUGAGACAGUGAGAGGACAAGCAGUGUUGCACAUUUUCCCCACAACAGCUGCAUUCAUACCAGAUGAAGGGCAAAUUUCCUGCAACUAUCCAGCUGGCUGUUAAAAAAAAUUCAGCUAGUAUGCCCCCUGCUGGACUUUUGUAACUGUGGUAGCCAUGGCUUCUUGCAAGAUAGACGAACAACACAGAGACACAAAGGAUUUAGCUACUGGAUCCAGAUCACUUUCGCAAUGUAGCCCAGAGGACAUCAUAGAAGAGCUUCAGUCGGAUGUGUUGAACGCCACGGUGAAAUCUCAGAAGUCAGGAAGAUUUAGGAGGACUGCCCUGACAUUUUUUGGAGUCCGUAAAAGUAUCUGUAUUUUGCCAAAUUUUUUUGGAGGGCGGAGUAAAAAUCAGACUAAGAAAGGUAUCACCAAAAGCAAAACCCAUGAUGGGCUAAGUAAAGUUAGUCAGGAUGACAGUCUUGGAGGGAGGCUGUGCUCAGUUGGAGACUGUGAGUACCACAGCCAGAGGGACUCCUCUGGAGAGGCAUACACAUGCUCUCACAGUGAAUGUAGUCAACCCAGUACUGAGCAGAAAUCACUGACUCUGGGCCGGCAGAAGAAAGGUCUAAGGAGUCUUUUUCAAAGUUUUAGGCACCACAGAAACCAUCGAAAUUCUGGAACGCAUAAAAGUGAAAUGAUUCCAAUGUCCUCUCCCCACUGCAAGAAACAGGUGCCUGUUAUCCAGGAUAACACCAAUGAGUAUGUCACAGAGUGCCUGGGACCUGAACCUGACGUGCCUUUAGCAGAUGCUAUAUGUAAUGUUUCCAUUGAACCUGAAUGUGAUGCUGAUGCUGUGGCAUCAGAUAAGAGUGAUGAGCAAGAAUGUCCAAAGUCUGAGCUUGAUGAUCAAAUGGAGGAAAUUAAUUUAAUGGCUGUAGUUUCCAGUGAUUGUGAGAAGAUGUCCAGAGGACACAGUGAGCCUCACCUUAAAGUCCAGAUGACGUCUGAACCUUUAUUGAAUUCUGAGGCACCGUCUGUCUCAUCAGAUCAGCUCAACCUGAUUUUUGGAGACGUUGCUUCAUUAAAGAGUUUUGACUCACUCACUGGAUGUGGGGACAUUAUUGCAGAUCAAGAAGACGACAGCAUCACAGAGAGCACAGUCUCUGGGGAAAGGAGCAGAAAUGGAGGAAAGAGGGCCUCCUGCUAUCUGACUUAUCAGGGUGGCGGUGAGGAAAUGGCCUCACCUGAAGAUGUUGGCAACGAGUGUCAUGAUGUGUGGGAAAAUAAUACUGUGGAAGAAAUCUGUUGCUCCUGCAGUCACAACCACACAGAUAUGACUGAAGAGCUGACAAGCUCCCACAAUAUGGACUUAAUGAACAGUAACAGUGCACAACAGGCCACUGGCAUGGACACGUCUUCAAUUACUGAUGCUUUGACUCCUCAAAGUGAGCAUCAAGAAUCAGUCCCAAACAGUGAUGAGGGCUACUAUGAUUCAACUACCCCAGGGCCAGAUGAAGGUCAGGAAAAAACGGACAGACUGCAGACAGACAGACUACCCCGGGACAGUUACAGCGGUGAUGCCCUCUAUGAACUUUUUGCAACAGAUGAGAGUCUCGUCAGUCCACAUUAUGAAAACACAUCAAAACUUCCUGGUUCCAAACAAUGCGAAUAUUUAACUGAUUUGGUUAAUGUGACCGAUUCUGCCUUUGUUCCAGAAUUGGAUCGGUUACAAAUAAGUCCAGAACUGUAUGAAGUUAAUGACCUUCGAGAGAGUAGUAACUCCUCAGAUUUGGCACAAAACCUGGGUGGUCGACAGGAAAUCAGCUUGAAUGCUGAAAGUAAUUUAAAUUCAAAACCAAAUUUUUCAAGCAACAAAAAUAAUGUAGAAUCAGGUGUGUUUGGUGAGAAGGGAAAUAUGCUUGGUUCCACGGAAAAGAGGACACCACUCUUUAAUUCUGACUGUGAAAAAAGCCACAGCAGCAUAACAUUCGGAAACGCAUCAGAACCUGAUUUUGAAACAUUUUGUGAACCCAAAGAGCAAGACCUUGAGGAAAACAAGCCUGUGGCAUUGCCCUACAGAAAUAUCAGUCCUCAGUCUCCUGAUUGCAACGAUUUGGAUGAUGGGCAAACUGUUUGUUUCUCCCAAGCACUUGAGGACUAUACGAAACACUCUCAGAUGCUGAGCAACUUGCACAACAGUGUUGAUGAUUUGGGUACAAACUCUGCCUUCACUCCAAAUAUGGAGGCCUUACCUACCAUAGUUACAUUUGAUGUAGUAGAUAUGCAUAAUGAGGGUGAAUAUGAUGAACACAUUCACAUGGAACUGGAAGAGGACAUUUCAUCGCCCUAUCAGGAGUUUGAAGAAAGCUACCUACAAAAAGAUGCAUUUGCUGAAUUUGACUGUCAAAUGUUAGACCUGUACGAACAGAAUCUGGUCAGUAAUACGUGGGCAGUUGCUAGCCUCCCAAGGCACCUUGGCCUAAGAGUCGGCCAGUCCAUGCCUAAUCCUCUGUCUCUAGACCGGAGAAGUAGAUCUCUUGACACAGAGAGCCUUGAGCAGACCUUGUCUGACACGUACAGAGAGGAGAGAGCUGCUACUGUUUCAUGUCCUCAAACUGAAAAUGACCCUGAAAGAGACUCCUCACCACAUUACAAAAAGAAUGUACAUGUGUCUGCAUCAGAAGUUAAAGACUGUAGCAGCAUGUUGUCCUUAUCAUGGCAACCAAGGUCAGACAUGUCUUUAAACCUUCCUUUGACAAAGGGGGAAAUCACUGAAAAAUUACAGUGUGUUAGUCAAGCCCAUGUUGAACAUAAAAUAUAUUCAAAUCCAUCCAGCAUUGACUUUCCUCAUAGUAAAUUGCAACGUGUGUCAGAAAGAGUGUCCUGUGAUUUACAGAGUACAGAGCUUUACAAUAGACAGGGUGAACCUUUGCAAUCAGGUUCUUGUUUACCUCAUAGCACCUUUGUUUAUCCUAGAAUGGUAGCGGAGGGAUCAGAAGAAGUUACCACUAAUUUGCAGUCCUACAGCCCGUGUGGUAAAAGCAGACAAGUGGCAAACAGGGAAGGAUUAUGUCGCACUCGGAGUCUCUUAAAUACAAGUCUGUCAGAAGAUGAAAUGGCUGUCCCCGUUGAGACAAGGACAGCCAGGGAUGUUGUCUGCCCUUUGGCAUGCAACAAAAUCCCUGAGACAACCUUUAACUAAAAGGGGUAUUAAUCAUGACAUUAAAGUCAUUCUUCAGGCUUUUUGAAGUGUGGUUGCACAAGGUACUGACACAUUGUCUGCCCCCCCUGCACCAGGAACCAGCCUCAGACAUGGACACUUGCUGUCAGUGAAAAACUGAUUUCAGCCACCUGCCUAAUAAAUCACUGUUGGACAGAUUUAAUCAGCAGGCAAAUCAAGAUUCAUUUUAAUAAACUGCUCACUAACCUGCACCAAAGUCUAUUGAGAAAAUCAUUGAUUUUACAUCACAGCACACAGGAGUUGUUGAUCAAUAUCAGUUAGUUCAAAUGUGUUCUUUUGUGAUGUGUUUAAAAUCCUUUGUUAAGAUUUAUCCAGGUGGCACAGUCCGACCAAACAAAGCAGCAGCAGUAGAUAGACCAGCAGCCCCUGUGUCCCCAUGAGCUAAAAACACUGAUUUCCGUUUCCAGGCAGAAAGGGCCCUUUAACAGAGAGAAAUAGUGGCAAACAUACUUAUACAUAUUAAGUAUGUUUAAGUAUAUAUAAACCUGUGUCUCUUGUUCAUGGUGCAGGGGGAACUAUCUGACCUUAUACAACCACAUUUCCAAAAAUUAAAUUGAUCACGUCUAUGUGCCAAUGAGUGCUUUAAUGUUACAUCCAGUGGAGUAACGUUGCUUCCGUUUACCUGUAAAACUUAUUCCAGGUUGUGAUAGAUACACUGUGAUAGAUGGGACACAAGUUCAAAUUUUAGACUAUUCUCUAAUCAUCUGUGCCAUCAUGCUGUGCCAGCUUUGCUGUCCUGGGAGGUUGAAUGGGAUUGUAUUUAUUUGCACAGUAACAGUUGCUUGUGUCACACAGAUCGUGUACAUUUCAAUCCAUUGAAUGUAUUUAAGGCAGUAAUAGUUGAAAAUGUUCAUAGAUUUAUCUCACGUGACUGAAUAUUGUUUUUGUUAAUCAUACUGUAUGUAGCCUCAGUCAUCCAGGUCUGGACAGUCUUGUCACACUUGGGUAUUUAUUUGCCCUGUUUCCAUAGCAAAGCUACUUGCCUCUAUACACAUGUACAGUGUGACUGCUUUAAUUGCCAGAUUAUGUUGGUUUUACUCUUUUUUUUAUUUUUUUUUUCCAUGACCUUUCUUUGCUCUGUUAAGGUUUAUGUUUGCCUGUUGCUCACAACCUGGUGCUCCUAGCUGUUUUCUUCAUUGAAUAAUCUUUUGAGACAAUUGGGCUUAGGAAAUGGAAAGAGAAGAAGAGAUGUCACGGUGGGAAAUGUCAGUUCAUACACAGGAAUAUCUUGAUCCAUUUCAGUGGACAUUUUUGCAUGGGAAAGUAAGAGAGAUUUAAGUGUUCUGAUAACAUUAAAGGGAUAAUGUAGGGUUAUUGUGUGGUUGUAUCAGGUAAAUUGACACAAAGUCAGCCAUGUCCCUUGAAAUGGCCAGCAGAGACUUGAGUGAAACCAGCUUGUAGCCACUUAACAAAAGGCCCAUAUAUUAAAAUCUAUUCCUGCUUAACUCUGUGACAUUUGAGGACAUAUUUCCCACUAUAUGUCACUGUUAGACAUCCUUUUCUGACUGAAAUGAUUCUGUUGCUUUUUAAACCCACACUCCCUGCAUCAAAGUCCAUAGAGGAGUACACACUCCAUCUCAUCUCAUUCAGAUUUAACAAAGUAACACAAAUUUACCAGAUGAGGCAGCAGUACAGCAGCUCCUGUGUUUCAGUGAGCUAAAAAUCACUCAUUUUCUGAAGGGACUUUGGUGUUAGGACCAUGAGGUGUUUACAAAUUUGAAUUUCCAAAGAAAAGGCUGUGUAACAUCAUAGCUUUUUGUUAAAUGGUUAAAAUCAGUUUUACCUUGUGUCCCUGCUUGCAGCCAUUUUUUUCAUUGAGAGUGAGCAUCACAUCCACGUCUUAUGCUGCUUUCCCAUUUGUAGUCGAAACUCGGAAUUUCCGGAACUCUGAUUUCCAACUCAGAAACUGAACAACCACACAUUCCUGGGCCAAGGUGGCUGCCACCACACAAAAACUGCUUAUUUGACUAUUAAUAGCACUUAUGUUGUUUUACAGUAAAUUAGUCGUACACAUAGUUGAUCGGUAGAUAUGAUGCUAUGCUGUUUGUGUGCACAAAAUAUUGUGAAGUGUUAUUGACUGCCAUUGCUAAGAAUGGCUAGCCCAAGAUACAUUUGUUUCCAUGUUUUUUCCCAACUUCGUGACUGGAACACCGUGAACAUUCCAACUUUAAAGUGGAACGCAGCAUUAAGCUGGUUCCUGGCAGAGGGGCUACGUGCAAUGUAGUCAGUGUCUGCCAUGAAAAAAGGCAGACGGAGAACAUGUCUUAAUGUCUUUAUGAGGUUUAUUUGUUAUACAUUUAGUUUUUAUGACAUUUGGCUCAAUCUCAAAAUGCAUGCUAGAAAAUCAACACAAAGUCUAUACUUUAGUGAUUCAUGUGUUUAGUAUUUCUUGUUUGUUUAGCACAUUUCAUAGGUUGGAUCUGUGUGUAUGAAAGUGCUUUAUGUAAGUCAGUGAAGAAACAUCUAUAGAACAACCAGAUUGAAAUACCUAUAAAAUGUUACCCAAAAAAAAAUCAAAGGAGAAAAAUGUUAACUUUCAUAAUUAUUGUUUUUUUUCCUCGCUUGAUGAGCCAACUUGGCCUUACUGUGGCUGCUGAAUUAUGUUUUUUAACUCACCUGUAAAGUGCUGAAUUCUUCACUCCAUUAAUAUGUUACUGUCAAGCUUACGGAGUGAGCAAUUUCAUUGAUUUUAUGAAAAGAUAAGCUUUUAUUUUCACAUUGUAUCAUUUUAUUGUAGGAAUAUACUGUUUGGUCAGAAGUUAAACUGUCACAAUGUAGUUUUCUUUAUGGUGUAGUAUUGAACAAAUGUUAGUACAUGUAUUUAUAUUCUCAGCUACUUAUACACUGCAAUAAUGCAGUCAGAAUGGGUAUUACAAAUUGGUAAUGUUCUUUUUGAUUGUUACAUUACAGGAUUCUUAUUGAAAAUUUGUUACAGUUUUGUUGGAGUAGAACACUGCCUUACACUAAAAUAAAAAUGACAAGUCAUAGUUUCAGAA